UAACCAUUUCCGUAAAUGUACCGGAUAUAGCCAAGUCACGUGGUAGGAGUAAGUCGUAAUUUUGCGGGAAGGGGAAACCAUUUAGCAAGACCAAAACGAAACAGAAAAUACGCAGAAGGUGAAAAUGUCGGAUGACUGGGAUGAAUCACCAGCUCAAGUAGCGCCAUCAUUUGGGGGAGGACAGAAAGGUUUUGGUCGUGGUGUACUAAGACAAGAUGAUUCUAGUGCUGGAGAUACAAAUGUGGGCAAAGUAAAUGGCUUUGGAGGAGGCCGAGGGGGAUUUGGUGGCAGCAAACCAAAUGGUUUUGGAGGUGGAAGAGGAGGCUUUGGAGGCGGGGACCGAUCCAACGGUUCAGAAAGUGGGGGGUUCGGAUCUAACAGAACAGAUGGUGGUGAUGGGGGUUUUGGACAAAAGAAAAGUUUUGGGGGUGGAGGUUUUGGUGGGGGACGAGGCGGUGGGGGUGGGGGUUUUGGUGGUGGGAGAGGUGGUGGUGGCUUUGGAAAUAAGUCAGAGAAUGGUGACAGCAGCAGUGGGGGUGGUGGAUUUGGAAGCAAAGGUGGUUUCGGCAGUGGAGGUGGUGGUGGAUUUGGAAGUGACCGUCCACCUAGGGGUGGUGGAUUUGGUGGUGGAGAGAAAAAAUCAGGUGAUGGAUGCUUUAAAUGUGGAGAAAGCGGUCAUUUCUCAAGAGAAUGCCCCAAUGGUUUUGGCCGUGGUAGAGGUCGAUUUUCAGCUGAAAGUGGAGGUGGUGGAGGGGGCGACAAAAGCUGUUUCAAGUGUGGCGAGACGGGACACUUCUCCAGAGAAUGCCCAAAGGGUGGUGGAGGUGGAGGCGGUGGAGACAAGAGCUGCUUCAAGUGUGGAGAGACGGGACACUUUUCCCGGGAAUGUCCUCAAGGUGGUGGAGGAGGAGGUGGCGGGGGAGACAAAAACUGCUUCAAGUGCGGUGAAGCGGGACAUUUCUCAAGAGAAUGUCCUAAUGCUGAUAAAGGCGGUGAUGGGAAGGGUGUUACUUUAGAUGGUGAUCGUCCACCACCAUAUAUCCCACCAGCACCUUCUGAGAAUGAAGAGGAUAUAUUCAUGUCUAUACAGAAAGGUAUAAACUUUGAUAACUUUGACAAGAUUCCUGUUGAGGUCACCGGUAGAGAAGCACCGCCAUGUAUACAAAGUUUUGACGAUGCCGGAAUUUACGAUACAUUCCUUGGAAAUGUGAGGAAGGCAAAGUAUGAAAAACCAACACCUGUACAGAAAUAUUCCAUACCCAUCAUAUCUGCUGGACGUGAUUUGAUGGGCUGUGCACAGACUGGAUCUGGAAAAACUGCUGCAUUUCUACUGCCAGUGUUGAGUGGUAUGAUGAAGGCUGGUUUAUCGGGAAGCUCUUUCUCAGCUGUCCAGGAGCCACAAGCCCUUGUGGUGGCUCCUACCAGAGAGUUAGCUACACAGAUAUACAUGGAUGCUAGGAAAUUUGCUCAUGGUUCCAUGCUCCGACCUGUUGUAUUGUAUGGUGGUACUUCUGUUGGGUAUCAGCUUCGUCAGGUAGAACAAGGGUGCCAUAUUCUAGUGGGAACUCCAGGACGUCUCCUUGACGUUUUUGGAAAGGGAAAAGUAAGCUUAGGGAAGAUAAAGUAUCUGAUACUAGAUGAAGCUGAUAGGAUGUUAGAUAUGGGUUUUGGUCCAGAAAUCAAGAAGAUAAUCAGCGAUUUUGAAAUGCCUGGGAAAACAGAGAGGCAAACGUUGAUGUUCAGUGCUACAUUCCCGGAGGAGAUCCAGAAGCUGGCCUCCGAAUACCUAAAUGAUUACCUAUUCUUAAGUGUUGGAGUUGUAGGAGGUGCAAACACUGAUGUCUCGCAACAUGUGUUCGAAGUAGAUCGAUUACAGAAGCGAGACAAACUUACAGAAAUCCUGAAUGAAUCCGGGUCAGACAAGACACUUGUGUUUGUGGAACAGAAAAGAAAUGCAGAUUUCCUGGCUUCAUAUUUGUCUCAGUCUGGGUUUCCAGCAACUAGUAUCCAUGGUGAUCGUUUGCAGAGGGAAAGAGAAGAGGCUUUAGAAGACUUCAAGAAAGGGAGAGCACCGAUACUUAUAGCUACUUCAGUUGCUGCUCGUGGUCUUGAUAUUCCGUUUGUUAAACAUGUAGUCAAUUAUGAUCUCCCACAAUCCAUCGACGAGUACGUUCAUCGUAUUGGUAGAACUGGUAGAUGUGGUAACCUUGGUAAAGCUACGUCUUUCUACACGCACGAUUCCGACUCCGGGAUGGCAAAAGCUCUAGUCAAAAUUCUUACACAGGCGUCUCAAGUUGUUCCUGAAUGGUUGGAAACGUAUGGUCAAGGCAGUGUUUCUACGGCUGGCUAUAUUCCAAUGGGAGGCAAGUUUGGUGGAAAGGAUAUUAGAAAAGGAAUGCCAAAGACACGUGAUGAGGGAGAAAAUCCCACAUUUGGUGGUGGAUUUGGAGGCGGGUUUACUGGAGGUAUGGGAGGUGGUGGGAGCUCCGCCUUCAAUACCACAGAAGAUGAUGAAAGCUGGGAUUGAAGAGGACAACCUGAAGACUACAAAAUUGUUACGUGUUCUUUGUUGAUUUUUUUUUUACUUUUGUUUUAAUCGGUGAGUCAUUGAGAUUAGAAAAGAGGAGAGUGGUGUAAAUAUGUUUUAAACCAAGCUACACAGGAAGUGCUUCUUGGAUAUGUGCUCUUAAAGACCUGAAAAGGAUAGUGACCUUUGCUUUGUAAAUAUGGGGAGCUUGUUAGAAUUUUUUGUUCCUUUGUUUUUAAAGUCGCUUUAGUUGUUAGGAUUCAGAUCCAGUGGAAAGGAAAAUAAUUAGGAAAAUGACACAAUUGUGAAAUCCAUGAUGAAAAAAAUUGUGAUUUGACAAGAUAAAAAAAAUACCUGUUUAAACAUAAUAGUUGAUGGUUACUCAACAGGAUCAACCAGGUAAACAGGAUCAACCAGGUUACAUCAUUUGUUCAACUGAAGAACACAGUAAGAAAACGUCAGUCAAGGAAUAAGUGAAAAAGGAUAUUCUAAGGAAAGGUAUCAAAAGAUAUAGAUAAAUGUCAAAAUACAAGUGAAAUAAACAUCAAGAAACAACCGAGAACAUCUUGAGAUGAAACACUGAACAUUAAAAAACAGUAGAGAAUGAAGUUUUGUGAUAACAAAAGAAACAAUCAUGGACACAGUAAUAUCUGGUGCUAUAAAACAGGCAUACAUGUACACUAUUUGUGUAAAAAAAAAAGAACAAUUAUAGAAGUGUGAUCAGCAGCUGGUCAUAUAGUGUAAGAAACAAUGUAGGGACAUAAUGACAUGGUAAAAGUUGUGUACAUGUAUUGCCAAAGUAUACUUUUGUAAAAAUGGUGCUAGGGUUGCCUAUUGUAGGCACUGAAAGACGACGAAUCUCAGGGGUAAGGGAAUUGGGGCACAUAUCAUUUUGAUACCGGUAGGUUAAUCAGAUGGUUAAGAGAGAAAAAAAAUUACCAGUGUGCCAAAUUGAACCAAAUUGUAAGAGGGGAAAGGGGUUUCCCAGGAAACGUUAGUGGGUUUUUAAGGUGUCAUAAUGAACAAAGCACAUGUAACAAGUGCUCACAUCUAGUCUAUUGUUGAAAAUUUUCUCAGGGUGAUUUACUUGAUAAUCAUAGUUUCCAUUUAUUCAUAGGGACCAAUCAUUAUUGUUUAUCAAUAGUUUAUCCAUUAUGUGUACAAUCAUCGAGCCAAAAAAGUAUUAAAAUGGAGAAUGGCUGUUGAUGGGAUAAAAAUUCUUGAUAACCGUGGUAUAUCAUACAUGCUGAUAGCAAGAGUUCUUGUACAGCACAAUCACUGGGUUUCAGUCCAUUUCACAUCGAGGGUGUUGUGUUUAUAUCUGGUUGUAAAGGGAGAGAAAUGUGUUGUCUGGAAAUCAAUUUAGCCAGACAGCAUAAUUAUGGUGACGACAAGACAUUGGGAUUCCAUAGGUUUAGCUAGGAUGAUUUACCUGUCCAUGCAGUAGUAUGUGGGAUUUGAAUAUUACAGCUUCAGUAUUCUGUACUUUCUGGUUUUAGAAAACUGAAAGUUGUAUUACCCCGAGGCUUUGUUUUUGUUAGUCAAGGGGAUACAUGUAAUAUUUUACCAAAAGAUUGGGCAGAAUUUUUUCAUUUGUUUCAGUUUUAAAAUAUCUGUGAUAGUGAGAAUUUCUGUCUUGUUGCGUGGGUAGUUGAUGGGUGACAUGGUCGGGUUUGUUAUCUGUGAUCGUUCCUAGGAACCUACAAGUCUUUCAUUACCAUUUUACAACUGUGAUACUUAACCAAACUUCAUGUUAACUGUUUGUCAUGAAGGAAACCAGAUGUGCCAUAGGUUGUCGGACUGGAGCCAAUAGCAGCAAUCUGUUAUACUAUUCAAUUGUUGCUAUUGGUUUCAUAAACAAGUUUUAAUCACUAAAUCAGCCUUCUCUUAAUUGUUUUAUGUUCACGUUUAAAAGAUUUUUAUAAGUUUUAUAUGUUUUACAAUUCUUUGAUGCCAAUAAGGCAAAAAUAAAAAUGAAACUGAAAA